AGCUCCCCAAGGCAGUCAAGCUCCGCGCGGCCAACGAGUAACCCAGACCCUUCUUCCAGCUACCCCAUCAUCCGUCCCUUCUCUUUCUUCCCUUCUCCUCAUUACUUGACUACCGAAACCAAAAAUGGAGGUUCUACUGGGUAUCACUGGCAAGGACUUUGUCCUUCUGGCGGCGUCUAAGGCCACCAUGAGGGGCCCUACUAUCAUCAAGGCCGAGGACGACAAGACACGACAGCUGAGCAAGAAUACCCUUAUGGCUUUCUCGGGAGAGGCAGGAGACACCGUACAAUUUGCGGAAUACAUCCAAGCCAACAUCUCGCUUUAUACGAUGCGAAACGGUACCGAACUGGGCCCGAAUGCAGUGGCCAACUUUGUCCGAGGAGAACUGGCACAGAGCUUGCGAUCGCGCAGUCCUUACACCGUCAACCUGUUGCUGGCUGGCGUGGACUCUAUCUCCCAAAAGCCUUCCCUAUUCUGGAUCGACUACCUGGCCUCGUUGGCGCCCGUUCCAUACGCGGCUCACGGAUACGCCCAAUACUACUGCUUGUCGACCCUCGAUAAACAUCACCAUCCCGAUAUCACGCUCGAACAAGGCCUCAAACUCCUAGAGAUGUGCACGGACGAGCUGAAGCGCAGAUUACCGAUCGACUACAAGGGAGUCCUAGUCAAGGUCGUAACCAAGGAUGGCGUGAGGGAGCUGGACUUUGAUAAUGACAGGAUCGUCAAGAGUGCUUAAUGCGGUGUUGUAUCAUACCAAUAUCAUCAUGUCUUUUGUUUUCGGCUUUACGGGACCUGGUUUUCUUUAACAUUUUCUUCUUCUCUUCCUUAUCCUCCAAGAACGUGUGCAUGUCAAGAAAUCAAUUUUAUGAAUUAGAACUCG